AACUCCACCCCUCACUUCUGGUUCUGGUGCUGCAGGUCUGCAGCUGGAUAUAUCUCAAUAAGACUGCUGUAAACCACAGCUUAUAAGUUCUGCUUUAUUAAUCGGGUUUUGUACAGGUCAGUUUAAGAUUCAGAAACCAGAAUGUUCAGCACUGGUCCAGCACCCAUAAACUCUUCAACAUUCGUCAUCCAGUUUCAACCAGCAACACAAGCAACACCUGAUACGUCAGUGACUCAUGCUCCUGCGCCUGUUUAUGGACAACAGUUGGUGGGAGUUUCACCUCUUCAUGGUCUUCAGGCAUUUCUGAAAGGCCAACCAAAAGCCCUUGGGACGGUCCAGAUAUUGAUCGGUGUGCUGACUCUCCUGUUUGGCAUUGUGUCUACAGUUAAUGUAGAAAUCAUCUUUGUCAUUAGUGGUGUUCCUUACUGGGGAUCUAUCAUAUACAUUACUGCAGGCUCACUCUGCAUUGCUGCAGAAAAUAACAUUAAUUCACCGUCUGGUUUGUGUUUGAUGAAUGCUUCACUUGGGAUGAACAUUUUCAGUACUAUAACUGCAGGCAUCGCCAUUAUUUUUAUUUCACUGGAUUUGGUUAUAAGGCCACAUGCUUAUGGAAAUAGUUAUGGAAUGAGAAUGUAUACAAAUCUUUUCAUUGGGAUCAGAAUCGUGUUGCUGUUAUUCUCCAUGCUUGAGUUUAUCAUCUCCAUCUGUCUGUCAGCAUUUGCCUGUAAAACCGGUGCCUGCUGUUGUCCUUCUGGGGUUCCCAAUCUUCAGAAACAAGGCGGGGACGUUUAUCAGAAACGAGACGGGGACGUUUAUCAGGAUAUUGGACGGCGAGACACGGACACCUACGACACUGUCUAUCCCGGGAAUUAUUAGCCGCUGGCCUGAGAAACUCUCAAACUGUACUGCUCAUUCAGUCUUCAUGUCCUAAAAACUGUAUUUUUGCUUUGUUUAUAAGUAAGCAAACUAGCAGAGCUUUACUGAUCAUGAGAUUCUGCCUAUUGUCCUUGUUUGUAUGUGUCUUUGAGACAAAUUACACAAUUAAUGUAUAAAA